AUGGCGGGCGGUUUCUCCAUCAGGGGGUACGCGGAGAGCUUGCGGCGCACGGGGGCGGCGGAGCUCGGCCCGUUUAGUUCGGCCACCAAGGAACUGGCGCCCUUGGAGGUGCGCGCCUUCCGGUGGUGGGAGGACGAGCUCGCGUCCAUCAAGGCGGCGGAGGCGGAGAAGGGAGCGGUGGCGGGGGUGGAUGAGGAGGAGGAAGAGGAAGAGGCGUCGGGGAACGGCCGGGCGCCGAAGAAGCGCUCCAUCACCGACCUCUUCGCGGAGGCGCCUGCCGUGGGCACCGGCAGCGGACCCGACGCUGUCGUGGACGAGGAGGAGGUGCUUCGCUCCAUCGUCCGCCGGAGCAAGGAUCUGCGGAGGAAGCGGCGUCUGGAGCAAGCGGCGUCGGCGGCGGCGGACGAGCCGGAGACGUCGGCGGCAGGCGAACGGAGUGCGGCCGAGGGGAAUUUCCCCAGAAAGAAAUCAGUUGACAAACCAAGUUUGGGAGAUGAGUUGGAUACUUCUGGUCCAUCAAAGGAACAUGAGAAUGAUGAUCUCAGUACAGAGAAGGAAAUGAUCCCAGAUCUUAAGAGAAGGAAGCAUGGAAGACUCAGUAAUAGCUUACAGAAGAAGAAGGCUGAGAGGCUCAAGUACCUUGAGAGUAGAAAGGCUGCCAAGGUUGGAAAACAGCGAGAUAUUAAAAAAGUGCUCCCUUUGCACAGCAUUCUGAAGAAGUACACAAAGCAUACGUCUGUUAAAAUGGUUAAGGAAAAACAUGGGAGUUCAAAAGGCCCUGGAGUCAUACAACUCUGCCGCAAAUCAGUCAAGCGUGUCAAAUUCUCAGAAAUGGAUGAUACCAAGAAGCAGUGUUCCAAGAGACCACCACUGGAAAGCAUCUGCGAGCUUCUCUCUGCUAUUACUUCUUCUUCUUCAUCUCUAGAGAUGUCAAGUGAAGAGGAACAUGUUAUUGCAGAAAGUAGUAGUUCUCGCAUGCCAAGGAAAGCCUUCACUAUGGCAAAGGAAGCCAAUGAGAAUACAAAUCAUGAUAACCAAUAUGAGCUUAGCAGUACUGGACUGUCCACUUGUUUGCUUGAUCUGAAUCAAACUCUUCCAGAACCUACGGACUUAAACGAUCCGUAUGUUCCAAGUUCAGACGUUUCAUAUCUUGAGCACACAGAGGUAGGAACUUGGCAUGUGGGUCAACAACUUACUGAUAAUGGAAGAACAAAUGAUAAAGAAUCGUCUUUUGAUCUGCAUGAACAGGAACAACAACGACAUGCUACUGAGUUGGACACCAGAUCAAAAGGCAAGUCCCCUUGUACUCUGCCAAACCAUUUCCAGGAUUCAGUUCAUCUGCAACAAAAUUGGUGCUCCAUGACUUUGCAUCGUGGUGUCUCUCAUCUCUCAACUGGAGGCGAACCUUCUUCCUUUCAAUUUCGAGGAUCUAAUCUAUCACACAGUGAGAAACGAAAUUUUCAUUCAGAAAUGAACGUGCAACAAGAAUCCAGUCCUGCUGGACGAACCUUGCGCUUGAUGGGUCAUGAUCUUACAGUAUCCAAUACUAGAGUUGACUAUGUAUCUGACGCAGCACAGAAUCAUACAAAUCCUACUGCAGACCAUCUUACCACAAAGGUGGUGUUGGAAUUGCCACGACAAGGUCAGCCUUUCCUAUCAUUACAAACUCAGAGUAUUCCCAGUGUUUCAGCAAGUUCUGCAAAUGCUGUAACUCAUGUUUCGUCAAGUUCUGCAAGCGCAGUAGCUCAUGUUUCAGCAAGUUCUGCAAGCACAGCUCAGGUACAUUUUGGAUACAGAACACCACAUAACGUCAGCCACCCUUUGUUCACUGCCAAUGUGCUCUCUGGUGAUCCAUCAGUAUAUGAAGACAGGUGCAGGGACUUUACAAACUUGCAAUCGCAUCGAAAUUCUCUAUUGGGAUAUCCACCUCUUUCCAAUCAUGGCGGUGCUGCAUUUCUUCAGAAUUCACCACCUUGGCGUUAUUACUCUGAUCAUUCCACUAGGACAGAUUCACCCUCAGUGCCAUUUACACCAACAAUGAUGCAGCAUGUGGCAACAUCUUCAGAUUACCGUGCCAAUCUUCCUCAUCAGUCAUAUGGUGUGUACUCUGCAAGCUCAACAGUUCAACCUCGUAGCUCUGCAAGUUUGACAUGCCCAAACCAGAUAGUACAAGGAGUUGACAGUAGGGUUUGUGCAAACCUUCCAUCCAGAAGUCCAGGAACUGGAACGACAAGAGCUGCUCCUGACAACUCUAAUACUUCAUCUAGCAGCCGUUUUGUUCUGAGAUCAGGCCCUGUAAAGCUCAGUGCCGGGGCGAAGCAUAUCCUGAUACCAAAUGAGAAUACAGAGGACGACAAUUUUGCACCAAUGUACUCUUGUGUAUCCUUUGGCAGCAGUGGUGGAAAUGUUUCGGCAGCUCAUCAGAAUAAAGGAGCAGGUUCCCGUAGGUUCUAG